AUGAAUACCAUCUAUUGUAUCAGCGAACUUCCAUAUAAGGAAUCUAAUGCAACUGUACUUGACAAUGAUUUUACCGAGAAAUACAUGUGCAUCGGAUCACCAGGAGCCGUGUCAGUUGUGGAAAGUGAAAAGUAUUCGGCAGCCCCACGAAAUAUUAAAACAAAUCGACACUAUCCUCAUAUAAUACGAUGGCAACGUCUUAACGAUACCUCUGGUAGUCACAUCAUUUGCGCGUCCACACAAUUUUUCGAUAUCUUUGUUGUGAACUCUGAUUACAUGAGUCUACUCGGUUCCACUUGUGCUCAUUCCUUCAAUUUGACCGAUGUUGAUUGGUGUCCAUAUGAUUCAAAUGCUCUGCUAUCAUGUUCAGUCGACGAUGCAGUGAAAUGUUGGGAUUUGCGGGAUCUACGAUGUCCUUCUCUACAAAUUCAAGUCAUUGGUGGAGCAGAGCAAACGAAGUGGGCUCCAUUGUCAUUUAAUUUGUUGUGUACUUCCCAUGGUACUGAUCUACGACUAUGGGAUAAACGGAAUGUGAGCUUACCCUUGCAAACGGUGCCAGCCCAUAUACAAAAAAUUUCUUGUAUUAUGUGGCACCCCACAACUGCGGCAUGUUUUUUAACUGCUGGCCUGGACGGCUAUAUCAAAAUGUGGAAUAGCAGCAAUCUAACGAAACCGCGACACUCAUUAGGAAUGCUACCAGCUCCAAUUUGGAAAAUUAAGUUUUCGAAUGAUGGAAAUGAAUUUGCAUCAAUACCACUGCCGAUGUAUGGACAAAUAGAGGAGAGUUGUGCGUUAAGCUUAUGGAAAACCAGCACUCUUGAGAUCAUUCAAGUAAUUGGGUGUGAAGAUGAUGUCCUGCUUGAUCUGUGCUGGCAAAGGUUUCGCAUGCAGAGACAAACUUACAGUUGCUUAUAUACAGCAUCCAGAUAUGGCAAAUUACGGAAAUACAAUCUACCAUUGUUCGAAGAUCUAUCUGAAGGGAAGAGUUUCUCUUCAAAAAUUGGUGAAAGUGCCGAAAAUGCAUUUGUUCUUGAGGAAGAAAUAAAGGAAUCGAAAACAAAGACACGGGCUGCAUUAGCAAAUACCAGUAUGUUAAAUACUAUUUUUUGUGAAGAUAUGUUUGUUUACUUCUCGCUGUCUCUGUUAUACUACGCAUUCGAACACAAAGGAAAGUAUGAAAUCAGCAAUCUCAAUAAACGGCCGUUAAUGAUAUAUAAAGUGGAAAUUAUUGAAAACGGACUCUGUUUAACGGUGCCCAGACAAGUAGAUGUUCUUAUAGCUGAGUUGGUUCCUUUAAGACGCAUGUACAAUGAAGAUUUAAUUGUUGAACAAUUGGAUGGCAACCACAGUAUAAUAACGUGGAGCAAAAAUGCUGCUUUAAAAUUUCGAAUUAAAACUGCGUUGUUAUUGGAGAGGAGAAUGGAAGGAUUCACACAUAUAAUUAUCGAGAUUAUGAAUGAAGAAAAUUAUUUAUCAGUUAAUGAAGUUGAAACAAUUCUCAAGAAGUUAUUAGAUGAAACGGCAAGCAUAGAUAUAUCUUUAGAGAAGGAACCAAUUUUGCCAGUUAUCGUACAAAAUUUGCUUAAAAUAGUAACUUCGGUGGAGAUCUUUGCUCCUCGACCGGUUGAUAUCCUACAACAGCCGGAAAAUAUUGCCCAUUUUUGUGAAAGUGCUUCAAGUGAAAUUGGUCUACAUAGUGUCACGCUGGAAACCAUCUCCGCUGCCCCACCAAAAAGUACGGUAUCAUCACCAUUACUUUCAACCUCAUACGACCGUUGGAUACCAUCUCCUCGUACAUGUGGAGCACGUUUUAAUGGCUCCGGAUUUCUGGUUAUCUUCGGUCGGAACGAACUAGCGAUGCGACGUAUGCAAUCGAGUAAAAGUUCCUUUCAGGACGAAUCACUCUGGCUUUCAGCGGAACGGAUUACGCAAUCUUUGAAAGGCACUUCCUCAAAGAAAAGUCCAUUCAAUUUACUGGAUGAUGGGCAAAAUGAAGUUGACGAUAGACAAGUUAGUAGUACGCCACGUUCACUCGAUGAAUACAAGCAUGAGCUGCUUCUAUCUAUGGAAGAUAUGCAUACUCGUUUACAAAAUUUUUGUAGUCACGAAAAAUGCAAUUCGCCACUGUGCCAAUCGAUCUCUGGUACCCCUUUUUCCCGUAACAUGACUUUAUCUCAUCAAAAAUUUGAUAUUUCAAGCAAUGGAGCAUCUUCACUACUAGGAAUGCGUACAAGUAAUUCGUUAGCAAUGUUGAGCAAUAUAUAUAGUAACAGUACCCAAAUUGUUCGACCAUAUCAUCGUCGAGGGAAUUCAGGAACAAAUAUUCUCGCUGAUGAUCAUCAUCAUCUAGACGGCUUUGCUCCAAUAUCCGUGGUUGUUAUUUACGAUGUAUCAGUGCUCAUGUCAGUUAGCAAAAAUCUUGCUCGUAAAUACCGGCUUAUUGGUGCCAAUGCAUUGGAAUUGUGUUUAUGGAAUCAAAAAGUAGUAAAGGAAGCAGGCCGUAAGGAUUUGGAAAACAUAUGGCAAAUCGUUGAGCUUUGUGUACGAAUGGGAAAAUCAAGUUGGCGUAAACGUUGUUUCUUUGAUGAAAACAAAACAUUAACUAAUGUGCUAGAUUCCGAUUCAUCGGAAGAAAGUAUGUCGGAAGAAGAUAGUAUGGCUGUGGCAGUGCAUCCAUUCGGACGUUCACUAAUUAAUAAUCUAUUGGAUUAUUUUGCGCGUAUCAAUAAUUACCAGACUGCUGCAGUGAUAAUUUGCGUCUUAGGUUUGAGAAAUGAACGGUGUUUUGAAAUAGUCGACGGUAGAAUGGAAUCAUCAACUACCACAAAGUGUGCUGUUCAUCAUGAACAUUCACUUAGUACUUGUGGCACUAGUUUUGACAGUUCGGUAUACGGCAAGAUGAAUGCGAAUAAAUUAGGCUUGGAUUCUCAGUUGUUACAAGAAGAAGAAGAAAAACCAGAUAUGAGAGAACAGUCGUCAUUAACAGCUCCUGCUUCAAAGACCGCUUCAAAAUUUUCUUUAUUUCAAAACGCCUUAAUUGGUCAUCGUUCAAUACAGACUCUCAAAAUAGAACAAGACAGCAGAACAUCGCGUAGCCGUCGUACAUCUGACAUAUCCAUGAUUUCAAAUAUCGAGCAGCCUCAGCAAGAUCUUGCUUGGAGUAUUACGGAAAACAAAUCAAAUUUGUACAGCCUCUUAGAUCCUCGUUGCAACGAUCGAUUCGAUGAAGUACGCCAUCAGUAUGCUAGUUUAUUAUUCAGGUGGAGAAUGUUUUCGAAAGCUGCUGAAGUGAUGAAAUACAGUGAAUCUGCGCCUUAUUCAGCACCACUACGAGUUCAGAGCUCAUGUCCUCACUGUAACAAUAAAUUGCUGCUUUUCAAAUGUCAUAAAUGUCACAUCGGUUGGAAAUUUCGUUGCUCAUUAUGUCAACUUCCUGUGUUAG